AUGUUUCAAAAGGACGUCGCAGGAUCACAAUUGCUCGUGGCGUCAGGUUGGGAUGGAACAUGCCGCGUAUACGAAGUAGGAAAGCUCGGAGAGUUUUCUGAAAAACUCGUUUUCACACACGGAAAGCCUCUACUGACAUGUACAUUUGCUGGUUACAACAAAGUCGCCUUCGCAGGUGUGGAUCACAAUGUGAAACUUGCCGACAUCGAGACUGGAAAUGGAACACAGCUCGGAUCGCAUGCAUUGGCAGUUCGCUGUCUGGAGUUCAACCCCAUUAGCAGUCUCAUCGUCUCUGGUGGAUGGGAUUCUUCCGUGAAACUGUGGGAUGCACGAAGCUAUGGAAAUGGUGCAGUUGAUUCCGUGAAUGUGUCCAGCAGUGUUUACGCCAUGGAUGUUCUCAAGCACAUGGUUCUUGUUGGAACAAAAGAUCGGAAAAUCUACAUGUUCGAUAGUCGCAAACUCAGAGAGCCAGUGCAAGUUCGUGCCAUCGGAAUCAGUGGAGUCUCAAAAAGUUUCAACUGA